AUGCGUCGUCGAGACAACGAGGUAUUGGCACAGGUACGUCCCCAACGUUCUUUGCGUCUCCGUUACAGCUAUAGUCAAUGCAGCAAUCGCAGUCGCAGUGGCAGCGUCGAGAGUGAUGUGCGUUGGUCAGAACGCACGUCCAGCAUUGCUAGUGAAUUUGAUGGCUCAGAACUUUCGGACGUGGACGAUUUGCAGCUCUUCCAGCAAGAGACGGCAGAAGGAUGCGAAACGGUGCGUGUCACGGUUCGGUUUCGUCCUUUACUGUCUAAAGAGAAGAACAGUCGGUCUGCUUGGAAUGUUCAUACUUCGACUGGAACUGUUGAAGCUGCAUUACCGAAUGCUCGACGUCGUGGGGUCUAUGUUUUUGAUGAGGUAUACGACACGGAACACUCGACUCGAACUAUCUAUGACGGACUUGCUAGGUCCAUUGCUCGCUCGGCGCUGGAUGGCAUCCAUGGGUCCAUUUUUGCUUAUGGACAGACGAGUAGUGGCAAAACGUACACGAUGCAAGGGUCCGGACAGCGCAUCAAGAGGAUGACGUUGGUACAGGAGAACAAAGUAGAGACGGAGGAGGAAAGAAGACCGGAAAACGACGAUGGACUCGUACAAUUGGCAGUGAAAGAUCUGUUUGAUGAGAUGGCGAGACGAAAGGAUGUCGAGUAUCUCGUCCGGGUCUCGUACUUGGAAGUGUACAAUGAGACGGUCAAGGAUCUACUAGCGAGUAACUCGACGGAAGGCAAGAGGAAAGACUCGAUUGUGCAUAUUCGAGAACAUCCUGUGACUGGAGUGUUUACGGAUAACUCGGAACGAGUAGUGACGGAUGUGAGAGGAGUGUUGCUAGCUCUACGUGAUGGCGAGAAACACCGAUCGGUGGGAAUAACUCGCAUGAACGAACGCAGUAGUCGAUCGCACUCGAUUUUCCGACUGGUCAUUGAGUCGAAGACACGUCUUGAUUCAUCUGUACUGACUGAAGAUGAUGCAGGUGUAGAUUGUGUACGUGUGGGUUGUCUGAACUUUGUGGACUUGGCCGGAUCUGAAAGUGCUCGAGCAGUUAGCUCGGGUGGCACUAAGCUCAAGACAGAGAGUGGCAACAUCAAUAGGAGCUUAUUGGCGCUAUCGAGAGUUGUUGUAGCGCUCGGCAGCAGCAAGUUGCUGAACGGGCAAGAUCAUAUUAAUUUCCGUGACAGCAAACUUACACGUAUAUUGCAACCGUCGCUGAGUGGUGCGGCGCGUGUGCUGUUUGUUUGCUGUGCAUCUCCUGCACCUGCUUAUAUAGAGGAUACUCGCAGUACACUAAAGUUUGCUAGCCGUGCCAACCGAAUCAAGGUGAACGCAUCAGUCAAUGAAGUCGUGGACCAACGUACUCGUGCGCUGAUGGAGCUUGCUCGAGAGAACCAACUUUUGCGCCAGCAGAUGGAAGCUUUGGCGUCUGCAAGUCGAGAUGAAAUCGACGCCGUGGAAGAGCACGUAGUUCGUCUGCGUCUACGAGUUGUCUCGCUAGAAGCUGCUGCAGCUGCUCCGGCAUGGACGUCUUCUGUGGUAAUAGCACCAGAUGUGGACACUACGCAGAAACGUCGACAAGAUAGGCAGCCAGAAGUUACGGGUCUUGAAAGAGUGAGCUCUCCAAUUGACAUGGACAACAAAGUGUUGCAAAAGAGUCUAUCAGACGAAGAGGACACAGAUGUCGGUAGUCAAUUAGACUUACCAACGGGGCUGCCACUUUUAGUGGCCAAUACGGCGUGCCCAACAUGUGAAACACUGGAUGAUGCUUUGGAGAUUGCUAAGAUGCGUGAAAUACAAUCUUCUCUACGUAUCGAGCAGUUUAAAGAGCUCAAUGCUCAAUUGCAGCGUCAGCACCAAGAAACUAGCAGUAGCAGCGCUGGUGUUAUUAGAAUCAAUUCACCAGCAAAAGAUGAUUUGGUUUGUGAAUUACAGUGUGUGCUUGACGUUGCGGAUGAAGAAGCAGACGACGCUACGAAGGCGCUAUCCAGCAGUGAAGAAGGUGAUGCCCGCAUCAUCGCACACGUUAGCAGUCUCAGCUUGGCAAGUGCAGCAUUACUGGCUCUGGUGGUGGAUGUUUUGAAAAAGCGCAGUCCUGCUGAGGCUUUAGCACUUGUGGUAAUUGUGUUUGCGUGUACGGCAAUCACGUUGGUCAGUUUUGCAUGGAAUAUUAUCGCGGCAGCAACACGUUGA